CCGGCCGUGCCCGCAGACGUUCAUGCAGCGCAGGUACCAGCAGUACACCUGCUACACCGUGUUCUUCAUCAGCAUCGAGAUGUGCCAGAUCGCCGACGUGCUCAUCCGCAAGACCCGCCGGCUGUCCCUGCUCCAGCAGGGGGCGCUCAGGAACCGUAUCCUGGUGGUGGCCAUCGUGUUCCAGGUGUCCAUCGGCUGCUUCCUCUGCUACUGCCCCGGGAUGCCCAACAUCUUCAACUUCAUGCCCAUCAGGUUCCAGUGGUGGCUCGUGCCGAUGCCCUUCGGGCUCCUCAUCCUCGUCUACGACGAGAUCCGGAAACUGGGAGUCAGGAGACACCCGGGCAGUUGGUGGGAUCGGGAGCUUUACUACUGAGGGGGGGCUGCCGUGGACACCUGGGAUCCACCUGGACACCUGGGACCCCCCCCGGACACCUGGGGCCCACCUGGGCAGGUGGGACCCCCCCCCGGACACCUGGGGCCCACCUGGACAGGUGGCACCUCCCCACUGCACCCGUGUGUCCCCCCCCUCACACCUGGGCCCUCAAUAAAGCUCCGCGACGCCUCCAGGUGUGUCCAGGUGUGUUCAGUGGGGCCGGGCGUGU